UUAUUAGUCGCAAAAAUGUUCGGGAUGCGGUGGUACCUUGUGGUGUUCGUUGUGGUGGUGCCACGACCCCUGGAGGCCGUGGUGGGCGGGCAGCCCGCGGCGCCGCCGGAGCCCGACGCGGCCGUGGUCUUCACGCAGAGGCACGGCCGCAGCGCUCGCAUUGAGGGCAUCAAGAACAAUGACCUAGGAUACUACUCCUUCUUUGGGAUAAGGUAUGCAGAACCACCAUUGGGUCCCCGAAGGUUCCAGCGGCCCAUUCGACGGCUGCUUUUGGGGGAACAAAAUGCUACCAGCCCCUGCCAAGUGUGUCCGCAACCUGAUCCCAACUUCCCUGCCAGAAUGAUGGGGCACGAAGACUGUUUGUGCCUCAACGUGUUCUCUCCCAAAAUGCCAGGGGAUGAAAAAGGUUCACCUGUGGUAGUAUUCAUACAUGGGGGUAACUAUCGGACUGGAUCAGCGACUCCUUAUGGAGGCAAACAUAUCACCCAAGAGGAUACGAUACUAGUGGUCCCCCAAUAUCGAUUAGGGUCUCUUGGGUUCAUCAGCAAUGGGCAGAAAGAAGCUUCUGGAAACGCUGCCUUGUUCGAUUUACAAGUUGCCUUAACUUGGGUGAAAGACUACAUAGAGUUCUUCGGUGGUGACCCAACAAGGGUGACCAUGAUGGGGCAAGGCUCGGGAGGCAGUGCGGCAUCUGUGAUGGCGUUGUCUUCGGAAGGUCGCAGCAGUCACGGCGUGGUGGCGCUGUCCGGCACGGCUCUGUCGCCGGGCACCGUCCGGUCCGAGCCCGACAAGCAUGCCCGGCAGCUGGCCAAACAAACUGGCUGUCCAGAAACUCCAGUGGAGACACUCGUCAAUUGCUUGCGGAAAUUGAGCAUUGACAAAAUUGUACAAGCAGACAGCGCAAUAGCGGAAAGCCUAACCGAUACGACUAAAUUUUUGGAAGAGAUCACUGGUCGUAAAGGAGCCGGCAUCCGUGUGGAAGGAGAGUACGACAAACGGGGUCUGCCAACUUUGGUCACCGAGCAGCCUUCCGAGACGCUGAAGAAGAAGAAACAAAAGGUGCCUCUGCUCACUGGAGUCACGUCGGCUGAGACCGUACGAGCAGUCUUUGGCAAAUAUGCAAAUAAAUUGACUAAUUUGAUGCUCAAUCUAAAGAACUUCAUAAAAAAAGACAUCAUCGGUGGGCUCAACACCAUGGUGGAAGGCGUAGAUGGACUACUGCCCAUCAAGAAAGCAGCGCUUAAAAAUAUUCUUCCCCUCGGCGACUACGAAAAGUAUUAUGAAAGACUCUCAGAGACAGCUAACUCGAAUAUCUUAGAAGGACUAACAGCAAUUGCCCGGGACACAGGAGAUGCUCUGUUCAACUUGCCCGCCUUCAAGAGCGUUCAGGAGUGGAGUUCUGGAGCACCAGCGUUCCUUUACAGCUUUGAAUUUGUGGGAAAUCUGACUAAAGGCUCUUAUUUCCUUUCAGGCGUGCCACUUGCAGAGGAGACCGAUAUCAGCAACUCAAUGUAUCAACCGAAAGAGUCCGGGCCAUCGCAUGGGGACGAAUUGGCUUACAUAUUCGAGCCUCUGGAUGCCUCAGGGAAGUCUGUUGAGCCUGCAGCGUCUCAGAUGGAUGCGCGUGUGCGCAAAUCUUUCGUCGGCCUCAUAACUAAGUUUGCACACGACGUAGGCGAAGCUAAGAACAAAUCCAAACUCUUUAAUAUUACGCCGUUCUCACUCGACACUAACUCAUUUAUCAAAAUCACUGAUGAAGUGAAGAUGGACAAAAAUUUCAGAUUUUGCCAAAUGGGCUUCUGGGGCAACAUGGUUGACAGAAUAGCUGGAAGUCUAUGUUCAAAUGAAAUUAAAGAACUGCUGAAAUUAAGUUUUAUACCUAAAGUGGUGGAUCUCACUGACAUCACCGAGAUGAAGCCGAUUUCUGGACUUAUUAAACCAAAAAACCCUAAGGCAGACCCUAUCCCGAAGGUGCAGAACAUUCUCAAUCCUUUUGGCUUGUAAGAAAAGUGAAAAUUAAAGUAAUAAAGUACUUAAUUAAAUAGUAAUUGCAGUAAUUAAUAA